AUGGCUUCCCCAAAGAUUAUUAUGCUCGGCAGCCUCAAUGGCCAGCUUGAACCCGCGCUCAACAAACUGGCCACUGUCCACGCAAAAAACGACUUUUCGCUGGCAAUCCUAACGGGCGAUGUGUUCACCCCGGAAACCGAAGAAAAGACGAUAUCCGCCCUAUUAGACGGUUCUCUUGCAGUGCCUCUGCCCACCUACUUCACCAUCGGGACUCACUCGCUGCCCGAGCGACUCGCGACAAGAGUGGAGGCAGGCGAAGAAAUCUGCCAUAACCUUCACUUCUUGGGAAAGCGCAGCAUCACAAAGACCUCAGAUGGCCUCCGCAUCGUCACCCUCGGCGGCCUUCUGGACACAAAAGUGGUGGGCGGCCAGUCGAGAGAGCAGCACCUACCAUUCCACACCGACGACGACGCAAAGGGAUUGAAGGGCGCAAACACAGCCGACGUGCUACUGACGUCAAUUUGGCCAGCCAACGUAUGGAGCGGCUCCAAAGCGGUCCUCAAGCAAAGUCACCAGGCUUCAGUGCAGAGCAGCCAAGCAAUCGCAGAACUCUGCGCGGCCCUGAAGCCGCGGUACCACAUAUCAGCAUCCCCUGCAGCAUUCUUCUACGAACGAGAACCCUUCGUGCACCAGUCUAGCUCGGAGACAGAGCCGCCCUCCGUCACAAGAUUCAUCUCCAUGGCGCCCUUCGGCAACGAAGCAAAAGCAAAAGCCAUGUACGCCUUUUCACUCAACAAGUCCGACACCGCCAUACCAAGGGGCGCAACCGCCUCGCCGUUCACCCCGCAAAGGAAGCGGCCGCGAGACGACGACGGCGCAGGCUACAGUCGCUUCGCCGCCCACGACGACUACAGGCGCGGCCGCUACAACAAACGUCGCCGCGAAUCGCCUCCCCCAGGCCCCGACAAAUGCUACUUCUGCCUGUCAAACCCCAACGCCUCCGCCCACAUGUGCUGCAGCAUCGGCGACGAAUCCUACAUCACCACCGCCAAAGGACCUCUCCCGACCUCAGCCACCUUUGCCGACGCGGGCCUCAACUUCCCCGGCCACCUCAUCAUCAUCCCUCUCCCACACGCACCCACCAUCCCGAGUAUGGGCCCAACCACCGACCCGACCUCGGACGCCGUCAAGGCCUACAACGAAAUGACCCGCUUCCGCGAAUCCAUCCAAGCCAUGAUAUCCGCCAAAUCGUCGAACAAACUCGGCGUCGUCACCUGGGAAAUCUCCCGCGACCGCAACAUCCACCUAAUAUGGCAGCUCAUGCCCAUCCCCGCAGAAAUGAUACGCGACGACAUCGCAGAGGCCGCUUUCCGCGUCGAGGCCGAGAACCAAAACUACCCGUCAUUUGUAACCAGGGGGCUGGCGCUGGAAGAGCUACCCACCUUCGGGGACUACUUCCGCGUCUGGCUGUGGGCAGACGACGGCGAGGACAGGAUUAAGGGCAAGUCCCUCGUGAUGCCCCUCAGCUCAGACAUACGGUUCGACCUCCAGUUUGGUCGCCGCGUCAUUGCCAAACUGCUGGGCUUGGAGAAGCGCUUCAUUUGGCAGGACUGUCAACAGACGGUGGAGCAAGAAACAGCAGAUGUAGAAGCGUUUCGGGGGGCGUUCAAGGAAUGGGAUUUUACUCUGGAGUAA